CAAAAUAUAUUUACAAUUUAUUGAAAAAAAAAUGCGUGAAGUAAUUUCUAUACAUAUUGGUCAAGCUGGUGUACAAAUUGGUAACGCUUGUUGGGAACUUUACUGCUUAGAACAUGGAAUCGGUCCAGAUGGGCAAAUAAUACCGGAUAGAGGUGUAAAAGCCGGUAUCGACGAUAGUUUUUACACAUUUUUCAAUGAAAUGGAAACUGGUAAACACGUACCACGUGCAUUAAUGGUUGACUUAGAACCAACAGUGAUUGAUGAAAUACGACAUGGUACAUAUCGUGAACUAUUUAGCCCUGAUCUAUUAAUUAGUGGCAAAGAAGAUGCAGCAAACAAUUAUGCACGUGGUUAUUACACCGUUGGUAAACAGAAAGUUGACCACGUUCUAGAUUGUAUUCAACGUAUUGCUGACCAGUGUACAGGACUGCAAGGAUUUAUUCUCUUUCAUUGUUUUGGUGGUGGGACAGGAUCAGGGUUUGCAUCCUUACUAAUGGAAAAAUUAACACAAGAAUAUGAGAAAAAAUCAAAGUUAGAGUUUGUUGUGUAUCCGUCGCCUGAAAUUUCAACAGCUAUCGUAGAACCAUACAAUGCGAUAUUUACAACCAAUUCAACUCUGGGAUCAUCAGAUUGUAGUUUUAUGGUUGAUAACGAAGCUAUUUAUGAGAUAUGUAAGAAAAAUCUGGAUAUUACAAGACCAACUUACACAAAUUUAAAUCGACUUAUUGGACAAGUUGUUUCAGCAAUUACGGCUUCCUUGCGUUACGACGGAUCGUUAAAUAUAGAUUUAACGGAAUUUCAAAAUAAUUUAGUACCGUAUUCCCGUAUUCAUUUUCCUUUAGUAACUUAUGCACCUGUUCUUUCCGCGCAAAAAGUAUGUCACGCACAACUAAAUGUUUCAGAAAUAACAAAUGCAUGUUUUGAUCCCACUAAUCAACUGGUUAAAUGCAAUACCCGUACGGGAAAAUAUAUGGCUUGCUGUAUGCUGUAUCGCGGUGAUGUUGUACCAAAGGAUAUUAAUGCUGCAGUAGCAAUGAUUAAAGCGAAAAAAUGUAUUAAAUUUGUUGAUUGGUGUCCGACUGGUUUUAAAGUUGGUAUUAAUUAUCAACCGCCUACGGUUUUACCCGGCGGUGAUAUUGCCAAAGUACAACGUGCUUUAUGCUUGUUAUCGAAUACGACUGCGAUUAUAGAAUCAUUCUCACGACUGAAUUAUAAAUUCGAUUUAAUGUAUAGUCGACGAGCGUUUGUACAUUGGUAUUUAAGUGAAGGUAUGGAAGAGUCGGAAUUUGUACAGGCUAGAGAAAACUUAGCAAUGCUGGAAAAAGAUUAUAAUGAAUUGUCGAAUGAAGAAUCGUCGGGUUUAUAG